AUGGCCUUCGAGAAAAAGUCCUCCUAUAUAGCCCUCGGUUGCGAAGGCUCAGCCAACAAGCUAGGCAUCGGCGUUAUCCUUCAUACUGCAACCGAGACCAAGAUCCUCUCCAAUCUCCGCGACACAUUCGUUUCCCCGCCAGGAACAGGCUUCCUCCCCAAAGAUACAGCCGCACACCACCGCGCUCACUUCGUCCGCCUCGUUCGUGAAGCCCUCGCCGAAGCGAAAAUUACACCCGCAGAUGUCGACUGUAUUUGCUACACAAAGGGUCCCGGUAUGGGUGCCCCGCUAAACUCGGUGGCUGUGGGCGCAAGAACGUUGAGUCUGCUCUGGGAUAGACCACUCGUGGGCGUGAAUCACUGCGUAGGACAUAUUGAGAUGGGGCGAUACAUCACUGGUGCCGAAAACCCGGUUGUGCUGUACGUUUCGGGUGGUAACUCGCAGGUAAUUGCGUAUGCAGAGCAACGAUACAGAAUAUUUGGCGAGACGCUCGACAUAGCUGUUGGAAACUGCCUCGAUCGAUUCGCCCGUACUCUCCAGAUAAGCAACGAUCCCGCACCUGGAUACAACAUCGAACAGCUAGCCAAGAAGGGAAGCAAGCUGCUGGACCUCCCUUAUGCUGUCAAGGGAAUGGACUGCUCGUUUUCCGGCAUUCUCGCAUCUGCUGAUGCACUUGCUGCGCAAAUGAAAGCCGGCGCAGACUUCACACCCGAGGACUUGUGCUUCUCAUUACAAGAGACGGUAUUUGCUAUGCUGGUCGAGAUUACGGAGCGAGCUAUGGCGCACGUUGGGUCUUCACAAGUUCUCAUCGUGGGAGGAGUCGGCUGCAACGAGAGGUUACAGGAGAUGAUGGGUCACAUGGCGCGCGAGCGAGGAGGAUCUGUGUUUGCUACAGACGAGAGAUUCUGUAUCGAUAACGGAAUCAUGAUUGCCCACGCUGGACUGUUGGCAUAUGAGAUGGGAUUCAGAACGUCUUUGGAGGAGAGCACAUGUACGCAAAGAUUCAGGACCGACGAGGUUCUUAUCGAUUGGAGAGAUUGA